CGUCGCAUAAAACUCAAUUGAAAUGCAGCUUAUAAUCCUUAUUGUGGCAUGUCUGGCCAUACACGGCGUCCAAUCCUUUAAGCUGAAACUGCAAGCAAAUGUAGGGGAAUUAUUCAACUAUAAAAUCGAGCCACAACUUUUCAACUGGACACACCAAGUGAUUAGCGAACAGUUUCGCUAUCGACCUUCACUGCAGCACUAUCCCGAUCUGCCCAGCUGGAUGCGCUACAUGUAUAGUCACGAGUACCAUGCGGGAUUCCUUUAUGGCACGCCUCCCAUCUCCGCAGCAGGCAAAACCCUCAACUUGGAUGUAGUGGCCUUGAAUCGACAGAAUUACGAGACACGUCAAAGCGUCAUUAGCAUGUUUGUGGCGCAUAAAUUUGUGGCACCCAAUGUGGUGCAAAUGAAGAUCGACAACCUGAAUUGGGUACAUCUCAUGGAUCCGGGACGCGUGGAGAACUUACGAAAUAUAUUCCGCAAAGAUCUCUGGCCGGGCAGCAAAGAAGAUCUCAGUGUGGUCUUUAUGGAGUCUGCGGUCAACAUGGGCGGUCGUCUGCCACUGCGUCCUCAGCAACGUGAGGGCGUGAUCGUUCAUGUAGGCAGUUUUGCACAGUUCUCGCCGCGUUUGAAGCAACUUCAAGAGGAAGUGCGUCCACUUUACAAGCUGCCAACGUGCACCUACAAACGCACCUCGGUGCAAAAGAUCUUCGAGAAUGUCGGUUUCAAGCUGGACUGGUGUGCCUUUAAAAUGGUUGGCAUAGAGACGCCCACCGAGGUGUUGUACCAUAAUAACGAUGCUAAGCAUAAGCAGCAUCAACUGACAGAGGAGCAGCAGCAGCGUCGCAAUGAUCGCUGGCUGGGCAUUCCUCGCGAGGAUGUUCCCAUGCGCAAUUAUAUCGAUGAGUUUGCCUUUGCCUUUGCCAUUCCAGGCAUGAUUUUGGCGGUGCUUUUGGGCAUGCUUUCUGCCGUGCUCUGCUUCCAGCAUCACAAGUUUUAUGAUCCACAUUCAGAGUUUUUCUUUGACAACAUUUUUCAUUUGUGUGAAGAAUCGUGCGCCAAAUCCGAGAGUGUUUCCGAUGAUGACAGCUCCCUACAUAUGGAUUAUCCCAUGUCUUCCACCGUGCAGAUGGUUCAAUGCUCGGACACAAAACCAAUGCAACCAGUGACAACGCUUAAGAGUCUCAAGGAUCCCAAUUUUCUGUUGGACAACACGAGCCUGCGCUCCCAAAGCCCCAACAAUAGCUUGUAUCAACUAGAUAGCGGAGUCGCUGGGAUUUAUGCACGUCCCAAGCCCCCGCCGUAUAAGGGCGGCACCUUGGGACGCAAUGGCGUGGACAUAUGACAAUCAUCAGAACCCCGGGUGCUGUAUUGUUAAAAGCGCGCCUCGCACAUUCAAAGAGAAAGCAAUAAACCAAAGCAGAAGAAACUCCAUUAAACAUUGCCAGCGUAAACGUGGGCUUACAUUUACAUAUAUCAUAUAACCGCAUCGAAAUAUCAUUAAUAUCAAUUAUAUAGUGUUGUAAUUUAGUUGGAAUCUUAGCUUUGUUGCAAAUUAAAUAUAUAUAAAUAUGUCAUAAAAAUAA